GAAAACUCGGUCCUGAAUCGGAAUAACCCUCGCGCUUUAUCUAUAGUGAGUUAUCUAUAAAACGUAAACAAACCGCUGUCAAACACGUUGUGAAUCAUGCCUGAAACUUGUUGUGUGCCGGAAUGUAGUAACCGGGGUGGUCAUGUAUUUUCAUUAGACCCAUUAAGAAGAAAAUCUUGGAUACAUGCAAUUAAACGGGGAGAAACUCGUUUUCAGAGCUGGGAACCGUCUACUCGUGCGGUUGUAUGUCGUGCACAUUUCAAAGCAGACGACUAUGUAACUGAAACCUCGCACGGAACAACACCACUGAAUAAAAGAUUGAAGAAAAAUGCCAUUCCAAGCAUAUUCCCCUGGGUUGAACCUAGUCCCCAUUCAGCAGCCAGAGCAAAUAGAGCAAAGUCUCGGGGAGUCAAAAGAAAACUGGCAGAAGAGUUUUCAGCAUCAGACGAUACUGAACUUGUAUAUUGCACCGAGUCUGAUGAUCUACAAACUGUAGAGGAAAUUGUUUCUAACUCAAGUGUGAUACCUGCGGGGUCCGUUGAAGUUGUACAAGAUUCAAACAUUUAUUUUCAUAAUGUCCAGACACAGACCCCACAGUAUCCUCCAAUGAGUGUAGACAAUUUCAUUAAUGAUGACGCUGGAGUACACUUUUACACUGGACUUGAAACAUUGGUUAAGUUUUAUUUUGUCUUGAGAACCUUGGGGCCUGCUGCAUAUUGUUUAAAUUAUGUAUAUCACGAAGUGUCAAGUAUUAGUGUCCCAGACCAGUUUUUUUAUGGUUCUUUGUAAGUUGAGACGUCAUACUACCAAUUUUGAACUCUCAAGACUUUUUGGUGUCUCUGAAAAAAAAAACAGUUUCAAAUGUUUUCUUUACCUGGAUUCUUUUUAUGAGUAAGCAAUGGGAAGAAAUUGAUAUAUGGCCUUCAAAACACCAUGUAAAGUAUUUUUGUCCAUCAGACUUCAGAGCUAAAUUUCCAAACACAAGAGUAGUCAUAGAUGGUACUGAAUGCCUAUUAAAAGACCAAAAUUACCAAAAUCACAGCAGGCUACAUUUUCAACAUAUAAAAAUCGUAAUACUGUGAAGGUUUUAGUUGGAGCAACUCCUGGAGGGCUAACUUCAUAUAUUUCUACAUCA